CUCCACUCUUCCCACAUCGUUCGAUUAAUCCUCUCUCUCUCUCUCUCUCUCUCUCUCUCUCUCUCAUCCCAUCUCAUUCUUUUCUUUCUAACCAAACAGAAAAAAUUACACACCUCAGAGAAACCUCUUUAUAGAGAGAGAGAGAAAAAAAAAAAAAAUAGUAAGACCCUUUUGGUCUCUGAAUAAGAUAUGGCUUGGAGGAGCCUCCUCACUCAGGUUUCAAGGCAUCAAAGGGAGUUGGGACAAUUCAAAAAUUUGUUUGUCAGGUCUUAUAUACCUGUCAAUAAGUUUGGAGGUGGUGUAGGGAAUAGACUUUUAUGUACUCAAGAGAGGUUCCAAUCGAGCUAUGUUGGCAGUUUGGCUCGCAGAGUACGUGAUGUAGAUGAAGCUAGCGAAGUUGCUCAUCUUAAAGAACUUUACCAUCGAAACGAUCCUGAAGCAGUAAUAAGACUAUUUGAAAGUCAACCAUCACUACAUUCUAAUACUACAGCUCUUUCAGAAUAUGUUAAAGCAUUAGUGAAGGUUGACCGGCUGGAUGAAAGCGAGUUACUCAAGACAUUGCAGAGAGGUAGGAAUAGGAGCCGAGGUAUUGUAAACUCAGGGAGGGAAGAAGAAAGUAUCAGUGGCCUUUCUGCUUUAAGGAACAUGGGAAAAGCUACUAAAGAUGGUGUUCUUGGUACUGCAAGUGCUCCUAUUCAUAUGGUAGCUUCAGAAGGGGGGCAUUUCAAAGAGCAGUUGUGGCGUACGAUUCGCACUAUUGCACUUGCCUUUCUCCUGAUAUCUGGUGUAGGAGCACUCAUUGAGGAUAGAGGAAUUAGUAAAGGACUUGGUCUGCAUGAAGAAGUGCAACCUAGCAUGGAAUCUAACACAAAAUUCAAUGAUGUAAAAGGUGUUGAUGAGGCAAAGUCAGAGCUAGAAGAAAUUGUUCACUAUCUUCGAGAUCCUAAGCGCUUCACUCGUCUAGGGGGCAAGCUUCCAAAAGGUGUUUUGCUUGUUGGUCCACCUGGAACUGGCAAAACAAUGUUAGCUAGAGCUAUUGCUGGAGAAGCUGGGGUACCUUUCUUCUCAUGCAGUGGCAGUGAGUUUGAAGAGAUGUUUGUUGGUGUUGGAGCCCGGAGGGUGAGGGAUCUUUUUGCGGCUGCAAAGAAGCGAUCACCUUGUAUAAUAUUCAUUGAUGAAAUAGAUGCCAUAGGAGGAAGCCGCAACCCAAAGGACCAACAGUACAUGAAAAUGACUUUGAAUCAGUUGCUUGUUGAGCUAGAUGGCUUCAAACAGAAUGAAGGAAUUAUUGUUAUAGCUGCUACCAAUUUCCCCGAAUCAUUAGACAAGGCAUUGGUGAGACCUGGACGGUUUGAUCGCCAUAUUGUCGUUCCUAAUCCGGAUGUUGAAGGACGAAGGCAGAUUAUGGAUUCCCACAUGUCAAAGGUUUUGAAGGCAGAUGAUGUUGAUUUGAUGAUUAUUGCUAGAGGGACUCCUGGAUUCUCUGGUGCUGAUUUGGCCAACUUGAUCAACAUUGCUGCUUUAAAGGCUGCCAUGGAUGGUGCUAAAGCAGUUAGCAUGGAGGAUCUGGAGUAUGCAAAGGACAAGAUUAUGAUGGGAAGUGAACGCAAGUCUGCUGUUAUAUCUGAUGAAUCACGAAAGCUGACCGCUUUCCAUGAGGGUGGCCAUGCCCUUGUGGCUAUCCAUACUGAUGGAGCUCUUCCAGUUCACAAGGCAACAAUAGUUCCUCGUGGGAUGUCUCUUGGCAUGGUUGCUCAAUUGCCUGACAAGGAUGAGACAAGCAUAUCUCGCAAGCAGAUGCUUGCCCGGCUUGAUGUUUGUAUGGGGGGGCGAGUAGCAGAAGAACUCAUCUUUGGAGAAAAUGAAGUUACUUCAGGUGCAUCUUCUGACCUUCAGCAAGCAACUACUCUUGCAAGAGCAAUGGUUACAAAGUAUGGUAUGAGCAAAGAAGUAGGGGUUGUCACUCACAAUUAUGAUGACAAUGGGAAGAGCAUGAGCACAGAAACUAGGCUUCUUAUUGAGAAAGAAGUGAAGUACUUCUUGGAAAGGGCUUACAACAAUGCAAAAACCAUUCUCACCACUCAUAGUAAGGAGCUUCAUGCACUUGCUAAUGCUUUGCUUGAGCAUGAGACUCUUUCAGGAAACCAAAUUAAGGCUCUGCUUGCCCAAGUUGAUUCUCCGCAGAAGCAACAGCAACCACAGAAAAUAAUUACGACACAGAGUACCUCACAGUCCAAUCCAGUGCCUCCUUCAACACCCAAUCCUGCUGCAUCUGCUGCUGCAGCAGCAGCGGCUGCAGCAGCUGCUGCUGCAACUGCUGCAGCUAAGACUAAGGGCAUUGCUCCUGUCGGAUCAUAGCAGUACACAGGUUGGUGAGACCCUUGCCAAGUGCCUAAUUAUCAGAUUCAAUGUGCAUAUAGUAAUACUUACCAGCCUACUGUGUUUGAGUACUGUGGACUGAAUGCUGUUCCAUGAGGUUUCAUUCAUGUAUCACCAUGAGGCAAAUUGACUGAAUACUAUAGAAGAAUUGAAUGGCAGUGAGUGUAGCAGUUAUAAUUAAGCUCAUUGAAAGAUAUUUAUUGUUUCUUUUUUCUUUUUCUUUUUCUUUUUAAUUUGUUUUUUGUUUUUAGUGUCAUUGCUCAUACAGGUGACAAUAAUGUUCAUCUUGAAUCGAGCCUCCCUUGAGACUAAUUUGUAGAGCACUUAAAUAAAGUUGUUCCUAUAUUGCCUUCCCUUUUCUGGUCAUAUUUGUAGUUGUUACCGGAUUCUGGGUUAGCGCCGAUGUAAUUCUCAAGAUGGCAUUAAAAUAUUUUGUGGCCUGAGUUGGAACUUAAAGGUAGAUUGUAUUCGGAAGAGCUUAUGUUGUCAAUGGUCUAUUAUCUGACAUCAAUUCCAUCAUAA